AUGACACUACGCAUUACAAACUCAUCGGAGGGACAGUUACAGGUACAUCUUGUAACAAAGCAAAAACAGUUCGCUGUGCCCGAUGUCCCCUACUCGAUCCGUGCGAACGUUGCUAACCAGGAACUGAAUGUACUGGUUAACACACUGCUGAAAGAUGCCGGCCGCGCAGUGCAGGCCGGUAAGGUGGAGUUUGAUUUUUUGCUGAACGGGGAGUUUGUGAAGAUCCCUCUCGGGCAGCACUUGAAGGAGCGAGACAUUUCAUUCGAAGAUACCAUCGAUCUGGAGUAUGUAGAGCGGUAUCCGGCACCGGAACCACAGGAUUGCCUGCUUCACGAUGAUUGGGUUUCGGCCGUCCAAGCCAACGGGGACUGGAUUCUCACCGCGUCUUACGAUAAUACGGUGAAUCUCUGGAACACCAAAGGCAAACACAAGCUCACCAUUCCGGGCCACAUGGCGCCGGUUAAGGGGGUGGCGUGGGUGUCGUUGAACGAGCAAACGGGAGUGUUUGCGAGUGCCAGUCACGAUCAAAACGUGAUGCUGUGGCAAUGGAACGUGGCGGCCAAUUCGGUCGAAUGCGUAAACGUGUGCAAGGGCCACGAGCGCGGCGUUGGGUGCAUUGCUGUAAACCCAUCCAAAACGCAGAUGGCUUCGGGCAGCAUGGACACGAUGCUAAAGAUUUGGUCCGCCGAGGUGGGCAACGAACAGCUCGGCGAACCCAUUGCCAACAAGAAGGCCAAAUUGGAGCAGGACAAUGUUCGCACACCGAUACUAACGUUGGCUGGACACCGGGAGUUUGUGUCGGGCGUCCAGUGGAUAGACGAUACUACCGUUGCCACGUCGUCAUGGGAUCACACGAUCAAACUGUGGGAUCUGUCGCUCAACGGUAUCAAGUCGGAAAUCACGGGUAACAAAUCGUUCUUCGAUCUGAGCUACUCCCCGUUGAAUGGUAUGAUCAUUACGGCGUCUCCCGACAAAAACCUCCGCUUGUACGAUCUUCGGUCAAAACAUGGAACCAUCGUCAAAAAUACAUACCUUGGCCAUACACAGUGGGUGCAAACCGUACGUUGGUCAAUCACCAACGAGUAUCUGUUCGUUUCCGGUGCUUACGAUAAUCACGUCAAGCUGUGGGACUAUCGUUCGCCGAAAGCACCGAUUUACGAGCUAAUUGGCCACGAAGAUAAAGUACUCGCCGUCGACUGGUCAAACCCCAAAUUUAUCCUUUCGGGUGGCUCCGACAACGCUGUUCGCGUGUUUAAAUCGAAGAUUGCAAUAAAUAACAAAGUGGAAUAA